AUGAAGAUCACAUUCGCAUUAACAGCCUUGAGCUUGCUCAGUGUAUCUAUCGCUCUCCCCACUCCAAUCGAAAAGCGAGAGAAGGCAUACGAUGGCGGCUACACCGUUGGAGUCAAACGGGAUGCACAACCUGAGGAAGCUACCAAUAUUUUCUAUGCAGUGGGACCCGAGAAGCGGGAAAGUGAAACGGCAUCUGAUGGCGGGUACACCGUGGGAGUAAAACGGGAUGCACAACCUGAGGAAGCUACAAACAUUUUCUAUGCGGUACAACGAGAUGCACAACCGGAAGAAGCUUCAAACAUUUUCUAUGCGGUACAGCGGGAUGCACAACCUGAGGAAGCUACAAACCUUUUAUAUGCCGUGGGAGCCAAGAAGCGAGAAGCUGAGCAGGCUUGGGAUGGGGGGUAUAGUGUUGGAGCAAAGCGAGAAGCUGAGAAGGCUUAUGAUGUAGGGUACACCGUCGGAGCAAAGCGAGAAGCCGAGAAGGCUUUUGAUGUAGGGUAUGUGGUAGAGUAG